ACUUUCAGUAAUUAAAUUUUAUUUUAAAAAUAAACUAACGACUAAAUAAAAAAUAGUCAUAACAGACAAAAACCCUUUUAAUCAUUUAUACCAGUAAUUGAGUUUAAUCACAAUUGUAAUCAUUAUUAACCCGUAAAAACAAUUUAUGCAGUAAAAUUAGUUCGGUUCAAUAAAAUCAGGUAAAGAAAACAGACCUCAAUCAUAAAUCAUACAAGGCCUAAAGCCACGGCUGUAUAUUCUGGCUUUAUGUAUGUUUUUUUAAAGGUUGAAGGACCCACUUUUAGCAAUAGGUCCAAUGAAUAAGACUCCAAAUCUAAGCUUGGGACGGAGUAUCUAUCAAUAUUAAUUCUUGACCAUAGAUGCACCAUAUAUGCAUGCUAGCAUAGCAUGAUUGAUCUCCAACCAAAAAACUGGGAAUAUUGAACAAAAAAAGAAAGACAAAAAAAAAAAAAAAAAAAAAAAAGACAAAAUUAACAAGGAAAAUAGAUCACAAAUUUUAAAAUAAUGCACCACUGUCCAGUGUCCACCAAAACAAGUACAGUAUAUAACGUUUAUGUGGUCCUUUAAACUUCAUACCAUACGCUCUCCUUGUAAAAAACCAGCAAGUGGCAACAACCACUAAGCUUAGAAAAAGAAAGGAAAACUAUGGAGACAGAAGGCAAAACUAGUCAUCCAUCAGCUUUUAACUUAGAAUCAGGCUCUAUAAAGAAUGGUGAUCAAAUUCUAGAAGAAGUUCCGACUUCGGCUCAUGCUAUUGGGAAUGAUUCAUGGCAGCAGGUUAGUUUGAUGCUCGUAACGAGCUUCAACUGUGGAUGGAUACUAAGCUUUUCAAACCUUAUGUUGGUGCCCCUGGGUUGGGUAUGGGGUAUCGUCAGCUUACUUCUUAUUGGGUUCUUCAGUUGCUACUCAAGCUGUCUAUUAGCAGGCUUUCACUUCAUCCAAGGUCAGAGAUUCAUCAGAUACAGAGACGUCAUGGGGUAUCUAUUUGGGAAGAAAUUGUACUAUGUAACAUAUAUGCUCCAAUUUUCAACCUUUAUUUUGGCAAAUAUGGGUUUCAUCCUUCUGGGAGGCAGAGCACUGAAGGAGAUAAAUCUGGUGUUCAGUGAGACAGCCUUGAGGCUCCAGUAUUACAUCAUUAUCACAGGAGUAGUAUACUGCAUAUUUGCUUUUGUCGUCCCAAACAUGUCUGCCAUGAGAGUGUGGGUAGGAGCUUCUACAUUUCUCACCUUCGGUUUUAUUGGAGUCCUCCUUGCGGUAUCAGCAAAAGACGGAAAUUCUAACAGACACAGAAACUAUGAAGUUAGGGGUAGCACAGUGGGUAAGGUGUUUAAUGCCUUAGGUGCAGUAUCGGCCAUGAUUGUGAGCAACAAUUCAGGCAUGGUACCAGAAAUACAGUCAACUCUCCAGAAGCCAGUUGUCAGGAACAUGAGAAUUGCCUUGUGUACACAAUAUACUGUUGGACUCAUGGUAUAUUAUGGUGUUAGUAUCUAUGGAUAUUGGCUUUAUGGUUCAGAUGUUCCAGAUUAUCUCCCUAUGGCACUAAGCGGGCCAAAAUGGGCGAAGAUCCUGAUCAACUUAGCUGUCUUUCUACAAAAUGUCAUCUCUCAACAUAUGUUCUUCCAACCAGUUCAUGAGGCGCUAGAUACCAAGUUUCUGAAAGUUGACGAGAGUACAUACUCAAGAAGAAAUAUAACAAGGCGAUUUUUGCUACGGGUACUUGUAUUUACAGGCAAUACUUUGGUGACAGCGGCCAUACCUUUUAUGGGAGAUUUCAUGAACCUCUUGGGAUCAUUUACACUUGUUACAUUGACUUUUAUCUUUCCAAGCAUGAUCUACAUCAAGGUUAAGGGGAAGACAGCUAGGACUGAGAUGAAGGCAUGGCAUUGGACUCUCAUCAUUGUAUUUUCCAUACUAGCAGUGGCAACUACAAUCUCAGCAGUCAGAUUAAUCAUCAAUAAUGUUAGAAACUAUGAAUUAUUUGCAAAUCAAUAAUAUAUUGAAGUACAUACAGGCAGCAAUAGGCUCUAGUCAAGGUCAUAGUGUUCCUAACAGUAGCUUCUACAGCAUUGCUCCAAAAUAAAAGUGCAAGAAUGCCCCUGGCUGCAUUGCUGGGGAAUUGUUGUGCAAAAAGUGACACAACCAGCACUCCUUAAAAUUAGAAUAUUAUAUAACUAUGGAUUUGCAAAGCAAACCAGAUGAAGGUUUUAUCAACAAAAGAUAUAAAAGAAAAGGGCCAAAAAAAAUUGCAACUGCUACUGGCAAGGACAUGCUGGGGGAGUUUAGACAUCAUCUUUACAGAGGUAACUCACGAGGAAAAAGAAAUUUUCUGGGAAAAAGUUACCUUUCUUAAAGUGUUGGACUCAAAAGAUGGCAGGACUGUCAGACGGAAACAGAGAAACUGUCCAAGGAGAAUGUCAAAUAAGAAAUGUUUUAGAACAAGCGAGGGAGUAAGAAAACUUGAAAAACAGUGGAGACCAAUUUAGCCAUGCAUACAACAGAAAGGAAUGAAUGGGCAUGCAAAUGGAGUUAGGGUGGGAGCAGUAGCUCCCAACCCAGUUUCUUUCCCCUGAGAUAGAGGUUCAACUACUACCAAGAGCAUGUGGAGAUUACAGCUUCCCUCCAUUCACUCUCCUUUUUACCUAAAACAUAACCAAGUAGAUAGAGAUUAUAUGAAUUGCAUGUGCAAUUUUUCCCAGAUUAAGGUCUUAGAAGAUAAAAUCAAUUCCUGUAAUUAUAGACCAUCAAGUGUAUCCAACCUUUCCACAUUGGUAAAGCAAUAAGGCCUUAAUUGGUUCACCUUA